AGUCUCUGUGCGUUUAUUUAUAACUCAAUCUCGAUCACGCUCGGAAGCGAACAAAUUUCCCUCAAAACUUUGUACUGAUUUUAGCCAAGAAAACCAUGUUUGAUAACGAAAAUUUCAACGUUUUUCGUGAUGGUGAUGCAGUGAAGGAAAAGCAAAAGGUUAACCGGACGAAGCUUCCCCGGAGGGCCAAGAAUUUCAGCAAAGAGCAGCUCCAGCUGGCUCUCCGAAAGAAGAAAGAAUGCAAUGCAAAGGCCCAAAAAAUUGUGGAAACUCUGCUGGAUCCGGUCGACGAUGUGGACCAAUUUCUAGUGAUGCUUCGAGACAUAAAUCAGAGUCAUUUCGAUGAUGUUGUUCAGGAAAGAGCCAUUCAAAAAAUCUGCGGUUAUCCACUUUGUUUGAACGAGUUAGUCAACAUCCCGCAGCAAAAGUACGUUAUCUCGCUUUCCAACAAAAAAGUCUACGAUAUCACCGAGCGUAAAAACUUCUGCAGUGGCGACUGCUACAAAGCUUCCAACUUCGUUAAAGAACAGAUGUUAACAAGCCCACUAUGGCUCCGGGAUCAGGAAGACAUACCGGAAUUUCGAUUGCUCAACACUCCUUCGCAGGCGUCUCUCAGCGUGCAGACGACGACGACGACGGUCACCAAAAUUGAGAUUUCACAGGAGCCAACCGUUGAGAUUAAUAUCGAUGAGCUUCGGAUUGUGGAGAAGACGUACCCCGCGAGUUCUUCCAAGGGGGACCAAAACGAUGGGGGUCGCCGUAGUAUACAGGAAGGUAGUGAAGUUGACCUGUCUAUCAGGGAAAGUGAGUCAUCUGGCAACUCCAAUGAAGCCGAUGAAAAAGAUUCACUUAGUGAUUGUAUUAAAAAAUGUCUCUGAAAAAUGACUGAACAUUAUAUUCUAUUUUAUCAUAAAAAUACUAUUGUGUUAUUUACUAAUUUGUGUUAAAUAAUAAGAUUUUCUCUUUA